AGGAAUUAAAAAGACAAACACGUGCAUCGUUUAAAAAAUGGACGAUCCUUCAAACAAGAAAAAAUCUGUUGAUAACAAAACCAACGCGUCAAAGAAAAAGAAGCCCAACAAAAAAGGAAGAAUAAUUAUUCGCAAUUUGUCUUUUAAAGCAACAGAAGAUGCAGUGCGAAAUUGGUUCUUGAAAUAUGGAGAAAUUGAAGAUGUCAAAUUAUUAAGGAAACCCAAUGGUACAUUGGUUGGCUGUGGUUUUGUCCAGUAUAAAACUGUUCCUUGUGCGGCCAGGGCGAUUAAGGAAUGCAAUGCAAAACCAUUCUUGGGGAGACCAAUUGCUGUUGACUGGGCCAUCCCCAAGCAACAGUAUGCUACUCAGAAUAAACAAACUGAAGAUGUCCAGACACCAAAUGAGAAACCACUGGCUGAAGGUAAUGAAACAAAAGAAAACUCUGAUGAAGAAGACUCUGAUGAGGAAGAAGACAAAGCUUCAGACAUUAAUGCUGAGGAGGGCUCAGAUAGUGAAGUUGAGAAGGGCUCGGGUGAUGAUGAAAAUCCUAAUAAAGAGAAAAAAAAUAUCUGGAAGGGUGAUAGUGCUGAAGUAGAAAGGAAAAGUGAUGUAGGAGAAGGAAAGACGCUGUUCAUUAGAAAUUUGGACUUUACAACCACGAAAGAAUCCUUGAAAAACUUCUUUGAGGAAUUUGGCAGUGUUCACUAUGCUUUGUUGUGUGUGGAUAAAGUUAUGGAGAGGCCUAAGGGCACUGGCUUUGUGAAAUUCAAAGAUGCUGAAUCGGCUCAAAAAUGCCUAGACGCAUCUCGUAAUCCUUAUUUGCAGUUGGAUGGCCGCGUUUUAGACGUUGUUCUCGCAGUUACUCGAGAAGACCUAGAAAACAAAAAACAGGAGGCUGAAAAGAAAGAACAUAAGGAUAAGAGAAACCUAUUUCUUGCACGCGAAGGAUUCAUUAGACCCGGAACCUUAGCCGCCCAAGGAGUUUCUCCAACUGACAUGGCAAAGCGACAACAAAAUGAGCUUUGGAAAAAACAAAUGCUUCGAAAUCUCCACAUGUUUAUUUCACGUGAACGCCUCUGUGUUCACAAUUUACCACCGUCGCUUUCGGAUCAACAGUUGGCAAAACUUUUCAAAAAGCAUUCCUCUCCAGAUGCUAAAAUCGUAGAGGCACGGGUUAUGCGAGAUAUGAAAGUAAUUGGUGAAGGAAAUAUACACCCCUCUAAAGGGUAUGGCUUUGUAACAUUCACAAUACACGAAGACGCACUCCUCGCAUUGCGUAACAUUAACAACAAUCCAACUUUAUUUUCAAAAGACAAGCGUCCUAUUGUUGAGUUCAGCGUGGAAAACCGUGCUGCUGUAAAGGCCAAACAAAACCGUGUACAAAAAAGUCUCGAAAACGUUAAAAAGGGAAAGAAUGACAAAACGAUCCCUAGUGGCGCGUCUACAGUUGAUUUACCUGUGCAAGAGUAUAGUGGUGCCAAAGCCGAUCCUAAAAUAAAAGGACUGCCGUCGCAUCGAGGACCAAAAAUUCGACAUCGCAAACGCCCUAGUGCACCUGACGCGGAUAGUGUCCCGGCGAAGAAACCGAAAAUUCGAAGGAAAAUGUUCAAAAAUCCUGAAAACCGCAAAGCUUCAAUGAAGAAGAAAAGACCGGAGGGUGUUGGUUCCAAAACAAAAGCCGUGAAGAAAAAAAUCGGUACACCUCGAAGUGGUAGUACUGCUUCUAAAGUAACAAAAGCUAAUGCUGCUGGAAAGAAAGGCAAAUGGUUUGAUUCGUAAGGUUAAAACAAUAAAUAAAUUGUUGACAAUCAUUCUCCUUCGUUGCUGUGUUCGGUGAAUUGUUUCUCCUGCUACAAGCGGAAGGCGGCUGGUGUUUAGAAACCAUUUGUAUUCCGAUAAGCUUGUCGCGUAAUUUACAGAGGUGUGACAACAUACACAUAAUUUUUUCUCUUCA